AUGUCAAAUCUUCAAGUGAGUGGCCGGGGCCCUAUACCUCGCAGCAUCACAUACGACAAAAGCUUUGACAUUCUCGCCCGGCUUGCUGAAUCCGAGGAAAGCAGCGACGACGCAUGGGUUCCAGCCACAGCAUACACCACCAGAGUCGCAGAUGUCGACACCACGAGGAAUGAAUUCAAUACGUACCCAGUUGCUGUCGCAUCUUUGAGUGUAACGCCCAGGAGGAACCUGCACCUUAGGAUCUGUUACAAAGCCGGACAAGUCGAGACUGCCUCCGUACUUCCUGCCUCGCAUAAUAUUGUUCCAACGAUAGAAGGCAACACUAUCACCUUUAGUCUGGACCGUGCGCUUGACCUGAUGCUUGAGAUUAACGGAGAUAAAUGGCAAGCGCUACAUCUUUUGGUCAACACAAUCGACGAUGGGGAUCCUAAGGGAGAUGAAGAAGGAGUCUGGUAUUUCGGCCCGGGGGUCAACAAGAGCUCAGCGACUGAGAAGAUAUCUGACGGGAUGUUGGUCGUGCCCUCGAAUACAACGGUAUAUCUCGCAAGAGAUGCUUUUGUCACAGCGCAAAUUGUUUUCGCCAACGUCGAGAACUCUGCCAUCAAAGGGCCUGGAUUCAUAUGCCGCGACGACUACGAUGCAUCUCUUUCUUCCAGACCUAGGGAAUUAGCUGGGGGAGCCAUACUCAUCGAACGGUCCCGGAACAUACUGGUGCAGCAAGUAACUUCUCUCCGCUCAUUUGGUUUCAGUCUCCCUAUUGGACAAGGACGAGACAUCCACAUUGACUGCUACCGUUCUUUCUCUUCACACGGCAAUGGUGACGGCAUCGAUCUGUUCUGUUGCCAACACAUCGUGAUAGAGAAUUGCUUCCUGCGCAACUCUGACGAUACCAUCGCCAUCUACGGCCAUCGGUGGGAAUAUCAGGGCGACACCGAAGAUAUUCGUAUCAGAAAUUGUACACUGUUGCCGGAUAUAGCCCAUCCCAUACAAAUUGGUACACAUGGCCACCCUGAAGUUCCAGAAACUCUUAGCAACAUUCACAUCAGCAACAUAGACAUCUUGGAUCAUUCCGAAAACCAGCUAUGGUACCAAGGCUGCAUUGCGAUUAACGCAGGCGACGCGAAUCUAGUACAAGAUAUCCUCGUUGAGAACGUCAGAGUUGAGAGAAUUACACGAGGCCAACUGUUCAACAUACGGGUGAUGAAGAACGCCAUGUGGACGACUGCUCCGGGCCUUGGAAUAAGGAAUGUGACUUUUCGAAACAUCGAAUUCAAUCUCGAUAAAUCGAAAACAGUCAACCCUUCCCAAAUUCUUGGCUUCGAUGCAAGCAGACCAGUUGAGAAUGUCACCUUUGAAAACCUCAAGGUUGGCGGCUCAUUGAUUCACGAUCAUAUGUCAAAGCCAAGGUGGUACCUAACGUCGGACUUUAUUCCCAUGUUCGUGAACGAGCAUGCGAAUAAUGUCACGUUUAGGUUAGGGAACUAG